AUGUCUGGCACUGAGAACUAUAAAUUGCCUGAGCAAGUCAAGCUUCUUGCACAAACCACUCAAUUAAAGGGCCUCAUGACUAUCAUCCGUGAUAAAGAGACUCCUCGUUCCGAUUUCAUCUUUUAUGCUGAUCGUAUCAUUCGUCUCCUCGUUGAAGAAGGUUUGAACCUUUUGCCUGUCGUCGAUAAAAAUGUUAUGACGCCUACCAAUGUUGAAUACAAUGGUAUCGAUUUUGAAGGCCGUAUUUGUGGUGUUUCCAUUAUGCGUGCUGGUGAGGCUAUGGAACAAGGUUUGCGUGAGUGUUGCAGAAGCGUUAGAAUUGGUAAGAUCUUGAUCCAACGUGACGAGGAAACACACCAACCCAAGCUCUACUAUUCUAAACUCCCCAAGGACAUUGCUUCCCGUUAUGUUCUCUUGUUGGAUCCCAUGCUCGCCACUGGUGGAUCCGCUAUGCAAGCUGUUCAAGUUUUGCUCGAUAACAAUGUCAAGGAGGAGCGUAUCAUCUUUUUGAACUUGAUCGGUUCUCCCGAAGGUAUCGAUGCUUUUGUUCAUCGCUAUCCCAAGGUGAAGAUUGUCAUUGGUGAACUCGAUGCCUGUCUCAAUGAAGAAAAGUAUAUCAUUCCUGGUUGUGGUGAUUUCGGUUGUAGAUACUUUGGUACCGACUAA